AUGACUGCUGGUGUUAAUAGACCAACGCCAGAUCUUACAUCUGUACAAAAACAAUAUUUGCAACAAUAUUUGCGUCGUGAUAAACUUUAUCAAAAAAUUUUAGAUUUACAACAUGAACGGCAAUCCCAUUUGAUUAUAGAUAAACGCAAGGAGAUUACUCUUCAUGAUCAAAAGUAUCAACAAGCCAGGAUGAUGCCUGUGACAGCAUUUGGAACAGGAUAUGAUGGAUAUGGUAAUGGGACGACUGGGAAUAGGUUUCGUAUUAUCUAUCCCAACGAGAGGAAACGACCUAAGCGGACAAGAGAAUUUAAAUUUUCACUUCAACAAUUAGGUGAUAUAGCAGAGAAAGAAGAUGUAUUGAUACCUAUAAGGUUAGAAAUAGAUGGAGCAGACGGUUAUAAAUUGCGAGAUACAUUUACAUGGAACAUGAAUGAAACGCUUAUUACACCAGAACAUUUUGCCGAAGUAUUAUGUGAUGACCUCAAUUUUCCAGCAGCAAUAUUUGUACCAUUAAUAGUUAAACAAAUACAAGAUCAGAUACAAGGCUAUAUUAUACAUCCGGCUGCAUCACAAGAACCACCAAGUUCUGAUCCACAAAUUAUGGAAAUUACAACUAUUAAUGACGAAUUAAGAAUUUUGAUAAAGGUGGAUAUAACAGUCGGAAAAAUAUCCUUUGCCGAUCAAUUUGAGUGGGAUAUUAAUUGUCAAUGGAAUGAUCCGGAAUUAUUUGCAGAAAUUUUAACAACUGAAUUGGGGUUAGGAGGUGAAUUUAAAACAGCAAUAGCACAUUCUAUACGAGAACAAAUCCAAAUAUAUGUCAAAUCGUUGAUGCUUGUUGGACAUCCAUUUGAUGGCAUGUCAGUACAAGAUGAUGAUCUGAGACAAAGUUUCUUGCCACCAGUUUCCAACAUUAUUCGUAAAGAGGAUGCAGUUGAUACAUAUACACCUGUUUUGAUCGAAUUGAGCGAAGCAGAGAUUGAAAAGAUUGAAAAGGAUAGAGAAAGAGAUGCUAGGCGUAAAAGAAGACAGACUAGAGGAAGAAGAGGAGUUAUUUUACCAGAUCGAGAACCACCCAAAACUCAUCGUACAUUACUUCACAAUAACAUGAUAGUUCCAGACCCAACUGAUGAAACCAAUUUUAUAAUUAAACCUCGUCAUAAUGUAACUCGUUAUAGUGGAUUUCCAUAUGGUUGA